UCUGUGGCGGAUGUGACGUCACGCACCGGAAGCGGAAGUGUUCCAGUUGGACGGUGGCGGCGGCAGCUCCGGUUCCGAGCCGCUCCCGGGCCGCCAUGUCACGUGCCACCAAGCGGAAACACGUGACCCGGGAGGUGCUGGAGGAGCACGUGGUGCCCACCCCGCAACAGAGAAUCGUCAGGGUUCUGAGCAGCCCCGGGAACAACCUGCACGAGGUGGAGGCGUCCGACGGGUCGCGCUUCCUGGUGAGCAUGCCGGCCCGGUUCCGGCACCACGUCUGGAUCAAACGAGGUGACUAUCUCUUGGUGGACCCCAUUGAGGAGGGGGUGAAGGUGAAGGCUGAGAUGUCGCUGCUGCUGCUGCGGCCCCACGUUCGCUUCCUGCAGCACCAGGGGCUCUGGCCUGCAGCCUUCACAGCUUCCUCAGAGCCAGCCCAGCAGGAGGGGAACGGGGACACGGAGCUGUUCGUUAACACCAACCGGGCGCCCGUCAGCGAGGAGGAGGAUGGAGGGGACACAGGAGAGGAUGAAGAGGACACGGGAGAUGAUGAAGAGGACACAGAAGAUGGAGGGGACACGGGGGAUGAUGAAGACGACACGGGAGAAGAUGGAGGGGACACAGGGGAUGACGAAGCCGGGGCUGACAAAGGCACAGAGAGCAGCGCUGCGACGUAGGGAUUCGUCUUCAAUAAAGGGUUGGACUUUA